AUGACCGGAACUGUCUCUGUCUGCCUCUGUGUGGGGUCGGUUCUGGCUCCAGGAGUCCGGUACUCUAGCGGGUACGACAUCCCCCCUAUGAGCCCCUCAACCCCCCGAGCUUGUCACGUGACACGGACAUGAGCUAGUCCCGGCUGCUGCCUCCUCUCACACCCACACACUGCACUAUGAGACCCCCUGCCCGGGCCCCCAGGUGCCCCUCUGCUCCUGUCUACCUGUCCAGCAUGAAGUAGCCCCAGCCCCCCAGUAUCCAGUGAGCUGCCCCCCGCUCAUCCUGUGCCGGAGCCGCAGCUCCUCUCCACCGAAGAGGCGACAUUCUGCUGGAGAUGCGACAUUCUUACAGCCCAGUAACCUCCUGUGUUUCCCUGCAAAUGGACAUCAAUACCCCUGUGCAUUCAGAUGUGAAGGAAGAUACGCCUGUCCUGCUGGCAGAACUACGCCCUGCCCGGGAUGUGCUGUAUGACUGGAAGUCGAGCUGUGAGACAUGGAGUAUUGAAUUCUCACCAGAUGGCUCCUGGUUUGCCUGGUCUCAAGGACAUGGCAUCAUUAAGCUAAUCCCUUGGCCACUGGAAGAGGAAGACCUGAGGCCAUCCUCAUGCAGAGCCAAAAGUCAGUGCCACAAGGGCCCCGAAGUGAAAAGGAAGGGAAGCCUGAAAGAAAAAAUAUUAGACUGCGGUCAGAUAGUUUGGAGCCUGGCAUUUGGCUGCACAUCUGCACCAGCUGGAUGGAAGCUAUGGCCUCUUUCUAGACAAGAUGCCAAAUCUAGUGAACCUUGGCUUCUUUUGGCAACUGGGCUCAGUGAUGGGCAUGUCAAAGUAUGGGAAGUACAUACAGGCCGUCUUCUCUUCAAUUUAUCGGGGCACCAGGAUGUUGUACGGGAUCUGAGCUUUACAAAAAAUGGCAGCUUGACCCUUGUUACAGCAUCCAGGGACAAAACUUUAAGAAUUUGGGACUUGAAAAAAGAUGGUAAGCUGGUCCAGGUUCUCUCUGGACACGUCCAGUGGGUGUACUGCUGCUCCAUCUCCCAAGACUGCAGCAUGCUGUGCUCUGCCGCAGGAGAAAAUGUGGUGCUGCUGUGGAGCAUGCGCUCAUACACCCUCAUCCGGAAACUAGUGGGUCAUCAGAACAGUGUAGUGUCAUGUGACUUUUCUCCAGAUUCUGCUCUCUUGGUCACAGCCUCAUAUGACACUACCUUGAUUUUGUGGGAUCCUUACACUGGAGAGAAGUUACGACAGUUCCUCCAUGUUCCAUUGGCUCCUGAUAUGGACUACAGCAGUGUGGAGCCCCAGCUCACCGCCUUGAGAUCUGUCUGCUUUUCACCAGAAGGACUGCACCUUGCUAGCUUGGCUGAUGACAGGUUUUUGAGAGUAUGGUCCUUAGAACUGCAAGAACCUCUGACUGCUGCUCCAGUUAACAAUGGUCUGUGUUGUACCUUUUUUCCACAGGGGGGAAUUCUUGCAACAGGAAACAGAGAUGGGCACGUGCAGUUCUGGACUUCUCCUCGAAUUCUGCCUUCACUACGUCACUUGUGUCGUAUGAAACUACGGCACUUUCUAACCACCUAUCAAGUACUUGCAUUACCAAUUCCUGGGAAAAUAAAGGACUUCCUUAUUUACAGGACUAAUUAUUAGACAUGUUAUCUCAGAUUCGGUAAACCCACUGAAUCAGACCUCAAUCUAGAACUUUGAAACCUUACACCGAAGCUGCGUAAACCUCAUUCCUACCGUAUCUGGCACAGCAAAAACAGUGGUACUGUAAGAAUCAAUUACAGAAACCAGCCCUGUAAGCUUGUGAGAUCAAUUUUAGAAAUGAAAUGUAUGAUUGUAGCCCCCUUCACUGAUAACUUCAGUAUAGAUGGUAAAGGACAAAAAUAAUAUAUUGUUACAAUUUUUAAGGUUGUGUUGACCUAACAUUUGCAUGAAUCUUAAAUUCAUAUCAAAUCCCAUGAAUGUUCAUCCAACUAUACAUUUUCUGCAUUGAUAUUUACACCUGAUUCAAACUGAUUUCAAAAAGUAAACUAAAAAUGUGAAAAAGUUGUAGAAAUACCAAAAGGAAAUGCCUAAAAUGUUAUGUUUUUCUUGUAACCAAUUAAAUGUUCUGUUAAAUGACUUUAAGGGGUUUUCCUAAAAUGUUAGGGGCUGUUUCACAGAGCUAGUCCAUUGCGGGAAUAAUCUGCAGAAUCAGUGACGUGAAGCUGUCAGUAUGAUCCUAUAGAACGAAGGUCAUGCAGAGGCACAACGCAUUAUAAAUCAUAAUGCUGUGCGCUCCUUCCUGCAAGACCAGAACAGAGGAUCACGUUCACACACAGAGCGCAGUUCCUGCAAUGGACUGAGUGAAACAGCCCAAACGCAGUCACAUUUAUAAGAUUACUGUAUGUUAACGCUACCUGCACAUGGGAUUGGGUUUUCUUACAGAAAUUCUGCAUAAAUAUGAUGUUGUUUAGCCACACCCUUGCAUUGAAAAGGGUGAAAUCUGCAUAAAGAAUUGACCUGCUGCAGAUUUCAAAAUCCACAUUGCGGGUCAAUUUGCAUGGAACAAAAAAAUAAAAUAAAAAUCAAAGUAGACAUGAGAUUUGGCUAAUCCCAUACACUUUGCUGGUACUGUAUUAUAAUGCGUUUUUUCCACAUAAGAAUCCCUGUGGAAAAACCAUGCAUAAUCUGCAAUGUUUGCGGGUAGCCUAAAGGGGUUAUCCCAUGAAAAUUAUAUUUAGGGCUCAUACACCCGGCCAUUGCCAUUUUUGCAGUCCGCAAAACACGGAUACUGGCCCUGGGCAUUCUGCAUUUUGCAGAAUGGAACGUCUGGCCUAUAAUAAAACAGUCUAUCCUUGUCCAUAACACAGACCAGUAUAGGACAUGUUCUAUUUUCUGUGAGUGCUGUGAAACGGAUAUAUGGAUGCGGACAGCACACAGUGAGCUGUCUACAUCUUUUGCGGCCUAAUUGAAGUGAAUGGGUCUGCAUCCGACCCGCAAAAAAUAUACGGUGUUGUGCAUGAGCCCUUAGGGACAGCAAAACAGGUUGUGUGCAUGAGCCCUUAUCCAGAGAAUAGGCAGCUGGGACCCCUCUCUGAAUGGAGUAGUACUACACAUCUGUCCACCACUUCAUUCACCUCCAUGCAACUGACGUAGACAGCGCUCAAUCAGUGCAUAUUGGCGCUCCAUUCAGAACUCUGGAUCCUCUGCUCUCAGGGUCCCAGUGGCCGGAUGCCCACAGUCCCAUGUGGAUAGUUGAUAAAUACUUUUUCAUGGAAUAACCCAAAUGUUAAAAGCAUCUUACACAAAGGCCCAGAGCCAUGUUUUCAUUAGAUAUAUAUUGGCAAAUAAAAACCCCUUUAACUUAAAACCAGACGUUAAAAUCGGUCAACCUGCAGAGAAUAUAAAUAGUUUUUUGUGGUUUUGAGUUUGCCUAUUGUGAAUAACAGACAAACAUUAGAAAGCAAAGCAAAUGUGCUCAUUGCAUACAUGUUCACUAAACUGCUUAAUUGGGCAAAAAAGCAAAUGUCCUUUUCUGUUGGAAUAGCCCAUUGUGCACAUUGAGUUUAACCAUUCCUGUAUCCAUCCAAUGUGAUAAUUUUGUAGCUUGUAUUUUGCACUAUAAAGAAGGUGAUCUGUA